AGCAAUUGUAUGGCUACAGAACAGACGUGAAGCUACUGUGGAACGGACAAGGACCACAAGCACAGUGCGACGUGAUGAUCCAGGAGAAUUCAGAGUUGGACGUCUCAAACAUGAAAGAGUGAAAGUUCCGCGAGGUGAAUCCUUGAUGGAAUGGGCAGAAAAUGUCAUGCAGAUUCAUGCAGACAGAAAAUCUGUUCUAGAGGUUGAGUUUUUAGGGGAGGAAGGAACAGGCCUGGGUCCUACCUUGGAGUUCUAUGCAUUGGUGGCAGCGGAAUUUCAGAGGACAGAUUUGGGAGCUUGGCUUUGUGAUGAUGACUUUCCAGAUGAUGAGUCUCGUCAGGUUGAUAUUGGUGGUGGAUUGAAACCCCCUGGCUACUAUGUACAGAGAUCAUGUGGACUCUUCACAGCACCAUUCCCACAAGAUAGUGAUGAACUUGAAAGAAUAACCAAACUCUUUCAUUUCCUUGGAAUUUUCUUGGCUAAAUGCAUUCAGGACAACAGACUUGUGGAUUUGCCCAUUUCUAAGCCUUUUUUUAAACUCAUGUGUAUGGGGGAUAUUAAAAGUAACAUGAGUAAGUUGAUAUAUGAAUCACGGGGCGACAGAGACUUGCACUGUACUGAAAGUCAGUCGGAGGCUUCUACAGAAGAAGGGCAUGAUUCCUUGUCAGUAGGAAGUCUGGAAGAAGACUCCAAAUCAGAAUUUAUUCUUGAUCCCCCAAAACCUAAACCUCCUGCCUGGUUUAAUGGAAUUUUAACAUGGGAAGACUUUGAAUUAGUAAAUCCACAUAGAGCUAGGUUUCUAAAAGAAAUUAAGGACCUUGCAAUUAAAAGGCGUCAAAUUUUAAGCAACAAAAGUCUGUCAGAAGAUGAAAAGAACACGAAACUACAGGAAUUAAUGCUGAAGAAUCCAUCAGGUUCGGGGCCUCCUCUCAGCAUAGAGGAUUUGGGUCUAAAUUUUCAGUUUUGCCCUUCGUCCAAAGUAUAUGGGUUUACAGCUGUGGAUCUCAAGCCAGGUGGUGAAGAUGAGACUGUAACAAUGGAUAAUGCAGAGGAAUACGUAGAUCUCAUGUUUGACUUCUGCAUGCAUACUGGUAUACAGAAACAGAUGGAGGCAUUCAGAGAUGGCUUCAAUAGAGUCUUCCCAAUGGAGAAGCUGAGUUCCUUCAGCCAUGAAGAAGUUCAGAUGAUUCUUUGUGGAAAUCAAUCACCUUCUUGGGCAGCUGAGGAUAUCAUCAAUUAUACUGAACCUAAACUGGGAUAUACAAGAGACAGCCCUGGAUUCCUUCGAUUUGUGAGAGUCUUGUGUGGUAUGUCUUCGGAUGAAAGGAAGGCUUUUCUCCAGUUCACCACUGGUUGUUCAACGCUCCCACCAGGAGGACUGGCAAACCUACAUCCCCGGCUCACUGUUGUACGCAAGGUUGAUGCUACAGAUGCAAGUUAUCCAUCUGUGAAUACGUGUGUGCAUUACCUAAAGUUGCCUGAGUAUUCUUCUGAGGAGAUUAUGAGAGAGCGCCUGCUAGCUGCUACAAUGGAGAAAGGGUUCCAUCUCAACUGAGCCGCCGACUGCCGGAGGGCACAUGGGAAACUGUUUUUUGAUACUAGCGAAGCCUCUUGUGUUUGUGUGCAAAAAAUAUGAUCUCCACGCUGUGCUCUGAUGAGACUUGCCUUUUUUUUCACCUGUGAGGCUUUAGGAACAUGUGGAAUAAGUUUGUUAGCUGCUAAUGACGAAAUAAAUCCUUGUGACUACACAGCCAGCAAGAAAUUGGCACAGAACACUGUGUGAUGCAUCAAGGGCUUGCACAACUGGAAAUUAAGGUGGUUCUGUUUGACUGUUCCAAAGAACAGAUCAUCAGAUUUUCAGUGUUCACUGAUACAAAUUUCUAACAGUGUAUUUGUGUAAAGUUUGUCAUUUAAUACCUUGUACACUACGGUUGCCAUCACUGAUCCCUGUUUUGCUGGCUUUAAGCUAACUGGUCAGAAACUUGCUUCCUUAAAACUUAGAGUUAAUGGGCAUCUCCAGCUUUUUUUUCUUUCUUAAUGGUGCCUGCACUAUUGGAGUAUUUUAGUGGGUUUUUGCAUAUAAUCAGGCACAACUUUUUUUUUUUUCCUCCUUUCAAGUGGGAAUAUAUUUUGAUUUCUUAAAUGCCCUGCUAUAAAGAUCAAAUCCUUAAGUGUGUUUGUGCAGCUCAACAAUAAAGCUAUUAAAAAACACUGGUUCCUAGUGCAAGGCACACUUAAAGCAAGUUUUACUUUUGGUUGUAUUUUCUUUGUAUAUUAUAAACAUUUAUUUAACUUGUUGCAGUUUGAAGUUUAAAAAAAACCACCCAAUGUGUAAGCUCAACAGUAAUCAUUAAAAUGUUUGCAACAUAUAAAA